GCUCUCCCACUUCCUCCACAAAGAAACGCAAACUGCCGUUUGCUGCUGAGGGCAGCAAACCUGCUGCUGCUGCUGCUGCUGCAGCAGCCACCCAGAAGUCCCCCAAAAAAGUUAAAACCAAACCCAGCAGCAGCAGCAGCAGCAGCAGCAGCAGCAGCAAACUGUGCGGAAAGAAGGUUGUGUUGACAGGAGUGCUGCAGCAAAUGAGUCGAGAAGAAGCUGUAGAAAAAAUUCUAGAGAACGGCGGCUCCGUCACCACGGCGGUACCCUAA